CGGAGGCCGCAGCGGCGCCUGAGGAAGCUCGGCCGCCAUUUUGUGCCUCUCGCUCGGUCCGGGGCGGCCGCGCGGGCGCUGCGACUCUGAGGGAGCGCUCGGCUCUCCUGCUUUGUAGGUCGGGGUGACGCCACCAUGGGCCGUAAGAAGAAGAAGCAGCUGAAGCCUUGGUGCUGGUAUUGUAAUAGGGAUUUUGAUGAUGAAAAAAUCCUUAUACAGCAUCAAAAAGCAAAGCACUUUAAAUGCCAUAUAUGUCAUAAGAAACUGUAUACAGGACCUGGUUUAGCUAUACACUGCAUGCAGGUACAUAAAGAAACAAUAGAUGCUGUUCCAAAUGCUAUUCCUGGCAGAACAGACAUUGAACUGGAAAUCUAUGGAAUGGAAGGCAUUCCAGAAAAAGACAUGGAGGAACGGAGGAGGUUACUUGAACAAAAAACUCAGGAGAGCCAGAAAAAGAAACAACAGGAUGAUUCUGAUGAGUAUGAAGAUGAUGAAUCUGCAGCUUCAACUUCAUUUCAACCCCAGCAAGUUCAGCCACAGCAGGGGUACAUUCCCCCAAUGGCACAGCCAGGUUUGCCUCCUGUGCCAGGUGCACCAGGGAUGCCUCCAGGUAUACCCCCAUUAAUGGCAGGUGUUCCACCUAUGAUGCCUGGAAUGCCUCCAGUUAUGCCUGGAAUGCCACCUGGAUUACAUCAACAGAGAAAAUACAUGCAGUCAUUUUGUGGUGGAAACAUGAUGAUGCCAAUGGGUGGAAUGAUGCCUCCUGGGCCAGGAAUCCCACCUCUUAUGCCUGGUAUGCCACCAGGUAGGUCAGGGUUGUCGAACUCGUACUAUGGGAUGCCCCCUCCUGUCGGGCCUCGGCCUGGCAUGCCUCCAAUGACACAAGCACAGCCUGUUACAGCCCCGGGCAUUCUGAACCGGCCUCCAGCUCCUGCUGCAACAGCACCAACUCCACAGCCUCCAGUUACUAAACCACUCUUUCCAAGCGCGGGGCAGAUGGGGACACCUGUCACAAGCUCAAGUGCAGCUUCCUCCAAUUCAGAAAGUCUCUCAGCAUCUUCUAACGCUCUGUUUCCUAGCACAGCACAAGCUGCAGCAGCUGUGCCAGGGCCAGUUGGUACUGAUUUCAAACCUUUGAAUUCUACACCUGCGACAACAACGGAACCCCCCAAACCAACAUUCCCGGCUUACACACAGUCUACAGCCUCAACCACUAGCACGACAAACAGCACUGCAGCUAAACCAGCUACUUCUAUCACAAGUAAGCCUGCUACCCUCACAACAACCAGUGCAACCAGUAAGUUGAUCCAUCCAGAUGAGGAUAUAUCACUGGAAGAGAGAAGGGCACAGUUGCCUAAAUACCAGCGCAAUCUUCCUCGACCAGGCCAGGCUGCCCUGGGUAAUCCACCGGUUGGACCAAUUGGAGGUAUGAUGCCACCACAGCCAGGAAUUCCUCCACAACAGCAAGGAAUGAGACCUCCCAUGCCACCUCAUGGUCAGUAUGGUGCUCAUCACCAGGGCAUGCCAGGAUAUCUUCCUGGAGCAAUGCCUCCAUACGGUCAGGGACCUCCGAUGGUGCCCCCGUACCAGAGUGGACCUCCUCGCCCUCCGAUGGGAAUGAGACCGCCCGUAAUGUCGCAAGGUGGCCGCUACUGAUGCUCCUACUCACGCUCUAAUAGCCCUGCCAUAGGACAGGCUGAGGCAGAGUCUCAGUGUUGCCCUGUUCAGUCUGAGGCAAGUGGGAUUUAUUUUAUUCAUUCUGGGGGCUUUCACAGCUUUAUGGCUGUUGGAUAUUUAUGUCCCCAAACUUGCAGCAAGUUUGGUGAAGGCCCCUAAAUUUAUUUUAAUUUAGGUUUUUUAUUCUCUUUUGGUAGAUGGGCUCUAUAUUAAUAUUUAUCUUUUUAUUAUCACUGUGUUUUUAAGAGUCUUAAGGGGGGAACCUGUUUUAAGAUGUGUGGGUACCUUUUCUCUUAAUGGAAUGCAUUUCCUUCAAGGCUGCUCAGGUAGUCCUUAAGACACUGCCCCUCCCCAUUUUCCCUGCAUUGCAUUUGUGCUGUAUUUGGUUCUGGGUUUGGUAGUGUUCAUUUUGUGUAGUCUCUGAAUUAGUGGCAUGUAAAUACCAAUUAUUCAUGUUUUCUCUUCUGAGGGAUGUGUAUCUAUUGAAAAGCUUAAAAUAGAUUUGAACUAGUAAGUUAAUUGCUACAAAAAGUUGUAGCCCAAAUUACAGAAUACAGUUUCUUUGAAGAAGGUUAAGAUGUUAAUACUGCUGUGUUUGUGAGCUGCACCUCAACAAAUAUUAAUGUAGAGCCCUGCGAAGAAAUAGAGAUCAGAUCCUUGUUGGUAACACAGAAUAGAAGAGUGAGAAAUCAAAGCUGCAGAUUUUUCAGCUUGCCAGUUUCAGGAAGAACCUUUUCCUCAGUCUCUUUUUCCUCAGUUCAGGGAGAACUUUUUCCUCCAUCUCAAAUACGUCAAAUUUGAAAAUGUUUUGACUCUUGCAACAGUAGUAAGAGUUGAAAAACUUUCUUUUAAACCUUGUGAGAUUCUGUUGCAUAUUCAAAAGCUUUAUUUGAAGCUUUAUCCUUCUUUCACGCAGUGCCUAGCAAAAAUUUCUACCCUUUGUGAAGAAAAAGGUGCUUAUUCUGUUGCAGAUCCAUUGGUUGCGAAUGCUUGAGGUUGCUUAAGGAAAGCUUCAGAACAGCAGGUUUUGUCUGAGGAGGUCUUGUAGCAUACCAGCAGUGAAAUAGUAAAUAAAGAAAUCUGGGAGUCUGGUUUGACUUCCUUUUUGAAGUUUUUGGGAUAUUUUUCAAGUUUGUGGUGAGGCUUUUUUAUGAGCAUAAUUGUUUAUUUCUUCAAGAUUUUGUUUGAUAAUGACCCCUAAUGGGAUUUCAAGUAAUUUUAAUUCAAGGAUAGAGUUGUAAUUAACUUAGAGUGGAUUGCACAUUGCUGUUGUACUCUUCUUUGUUUGUACUCUGCCCUUUGCAUUUUUCCUGUAGAAGGCCCCCCCAAAAUCCUUGUCUGACUCGAAAAUUGACAUGUCCAUGUUAACUGUUUCAGAAUGGUUAUUGAGCAUGGUCUUGCUUUGCUAAUUCUCGUUGUGGUGCUCCCCCUGAUAACAGUGAAGAUGAGAACAAUUCUUCAAGAUAAACUACUGCAACUAGUACUUCUUUUACUUGCUUAACUUAUAGGACCAUUUGGCUUAGUUAUUUUUUCCCUAGAAUGUCUAAGGAAACUGUUAAACUCAAAAUAAUACAUUGUGGGGCUUGUACUUCUUGCUUAAAGUAUCUGAAUCUCUUAGAGUUUCAAAAUAAAAAAUAGGCAGUUUUGAAA